GCUUGCCUUCUAAUAAGCAGGCACUACUCCUAGUUGGCUAGCUACUAGUAGUAGUAUCUCUCAUCUCCUCCUCCCUUCUUGAGGCUCUGAUCUAUACAGUAGUCAACAGUAUAAAACUGUCUUGUGUAGAGGUUGCUACAGAGAGCAAUCCGACAGCAGACCAUAGUUUAUCGCCAUGCCGAGCGCGACUAGCAGACUGCCUAACCUUCCAGCCGGGUUCCGGUUCCACCCCACAGAUGAGGAGCUCAUCGUCCACUACCUCAUGAACCAAGCUUCCUCCCUCCCAUGCCCUGUCCCCAUCAUCGCCGAGGUCAACAUCUACCAGUGCAACCCAUGGGAUCUUCCUGCCAAAGCUUUGUUUGGAGAGAACGAGUGGUACUUCUUCAGCCCGAGGGACCGCAAGUACCCCAACGGCGCCCGGCCAAACCGUGCCGCCGGAUCCGGCUACUGGAAGGCCACCGGCACCGACAAGGCCAUCCUGUUGACUCCCACGAGCGAGAACAUCGCAGUCAAGAAGGCCCUUGUGUUCUACAGCGGCAAACCUCCCAAGGGUGUCAAGACAGACUGGAUCAUGCACGAGUACCGCCUCACUGGAGCUAACAAGACCACCAAGCGUAGAGGAUCAUCCAUGAGGCUCGAUGACUGGGUCCUCUGCAGGAUCCACAAGAAGAGCAACAGCUUUCAGUUCUCUGAUCAGGACCAGGAGGGCUCCACUGUGGAGGAAGAAUCCCUCAACAACAACAUGAAUGGCACAAUUGCAGCCUCGCCCAAGUCUGAAGCCAAUGAUGAUCAUGAUCAUCAGUUCCAUCAGACGACGAUGACCAUAAGCAAGUCAUACUCAAUCACCGAUCUCCUCAACUCCAUCGACUACUCGGCGCUCUCGCAGCUCCUCGAUGCCCCAGCUGAACCUGAUGAGCCACCGCUAAUCUACCCAACAACAACACAAACACACCAAGCACACUAUAACAACAACGUGAACAGAAACAGCCACUUCAACUUGCCACAAGUAGACGCAUGUUCAUCAGAUUAUGUUGCGCCUAAUAAUUGCAACGGUCCGAAGAGGAAGCGAGUGAUGACCAUGGAUGGUGCUGAUUCCUCCUUCGAUGAUGGCAGCAGUAACUUCAGUAGAAAACUGAAGCUGCCAAGUGAUUCAAGGAGCAGCGGCCACAGCCAUUUUGGCAGCACGACGAGCAGCUACUGCAACCAGCAGCUUGUGGACACAAGUGGUUUUCAGCACAGCAGCCUGCUGAGCUAUCCGUUCCUUGAGAUGCAGUAGCAUCUGUGUACUACUAUUGCAGCGAGAUCUUGAUGUGUGAAUUCAUACAGCUGAAACUUAAUUUCACUGGGUCAAACAAACUGAGCUGAGGGGUACGGUGGUUCUUGCUUGUAGCUGGAACAAUUCAAAAUUUCUGGAGCAUUUCGUUUCCAUUUUCAUGUAAAACUUAAAAGGUUGUAAAUUAGGGAGGUGUAGUACUGAAAGUCACGUGCGGAUCAAUGAAAGAUGACCAGGUUUCUUGUACUACUUAUUAUAUGUGUACUAGCUAUUUGGCA